AUGACUGUACACGCUCGUAGUGACGAGGAGACCCCCCUCCUUCAGGAGUCGCCCCGGGCGAAGCCUGCACGCACCCCGAUCCCAUGGGGGCAGCUGUCCAUCCUCCUCGUACUCCAGCUGGCUGAGCCGCUGACCAGCCAGGUCAUUUCUCCCUUCGCGCCCGAGCUUAUUCGCAGCAUCGGGAUCACGGGUGGGGAUGAGGCAAAAGUGGGCUAUUAUGUUGGCCUCCUGCAUUCGCUCUUUUUUGCGACGCAGGCAAUGACGGUCCUUCACUGGAGUCGACUCUCCGAUCGCGUCGGUCGCAAGCCCGUUAUCAUGACGGGGCUUUUCGGCCUUUCUCUCUCCAUGUACAGCUUCGGCUUAUCCAGGACCUUUUGGGGUCUGGUGAUGAGCCGCAGCCUCAAUGGUGCGCUCAAUGGUAACAUUGGCGUACUGAAGAGUAUGAUGGCUGAAAUCACCGAUUCCACCAACAUUGCCGAAGCAUACUCGUAUCUUCCGCUCGCGUGGAUGACCGGUGGUGCUCUCGGGCCUAUGAUCGGUGGAUCAUUAUCGCGACCACACGAACGCUUCCCGAAUACAUUCGGGCAUUUCAAAUUCUUUGAGACAUAUCCUUAUUUCCUCGCAUGUGCUGUCCCUGCAACAUUCUCUGCUAUCGCAUGGCUGGUGACGCUGUUCUUUCUGAAAGACACUGUAGCACAUCCAAUCCCCAUCCGCCGCAUCCUCAGCCUUCGUAAGAGCAAGGCGAAUCUCACCCUCCAAAAUGUCGCAGGCGCCGACGCUCCCAAGCCUGUCGCACCUAUCUCACCAACCAAAAGUGGCAAGGAGCCUCUCCCUCUCCGCGCUCUUCUUACUCGGCGCGUGCUCGUCUCCGCGGGAAACUACGCGGCACUUGCGAUUGUGGAUAUCAGCUACCGCACAGUGCUUCCCGUGUGGAUGUCCACACCUGUCGCAUAUGGCGGUUUGGGCCUCUCAGCGCCGAUGAUCGGUGCUGUGCUGUCCGUGUACGGCAUCACGAACGGCACGUUGCAGAUUCUGACCUUUUCGCGGGCCAUAAACUACUUCGGCGCGAAGAAAAUCUACGUCUAUGGGAUGUCGUCAGCGCUACCCAUCUUCGCAUCCUUCCCGGUGAUCAAUCUUCUUGCGCGGGAGAACGGAUACAGCUCGGGAGUAUGGGCUCUCCUUGUAUUACAGCUGUUCAUGUCGAUUGCGCUCAAUUUCUGCUACGGGAGCGUCUUCAUUUUCAUCACCGCCUCGUCUCCGAACCGCGCAUCCCUGGGAUCCGUCAACGGGCUUGCCCAGAUGAGCGUAUCUAUCAUGCGUGCCAUUGGCCCGGCCGUCGCGAACUCGCUGUUCUCGCUGUCGAUAGACGCCGAACACCACUACCUAGGCGGGAUGCUCGUCUACGUCGUCCUUACGUGCCUCGCCUGCGUUGCGCUGACCUUUGCGAUGCUUCUGCCAUCGCAGGUGUGGAAGAACGAGCCUGAGGAGUCAUGACCAAUCCGAUGACCUUUAUAAUACAUCCAUCCAUUGUCCGCCAGUUAUCGUGCGACACCUUCCGAGUAACUAGACGUGACCACGUAGGAAUAAAUGAAUGUAGUCUUGUAUCAUUGCACCAUUGCAAGUUC